AUGUUUGGUUCAAAGAAACUGAAAAAUGUAUCCAUGAAGCUCAAAUCUAAAUCCUCCACCACAAAUGAUGAUUCUACAAGAACCCGAUCAGAAGAAACUACGCCCUCACCGUUGUUAGAUGGGGGUGAUAAGAACCGUGGGAUCUUUGGCAAGCGCUCUUCCAAGGGGAACCUUUCAAUGAAGGGUGCUCUGGAAUCUCCAAAGGUAAUGUCAGGCGGCAGUUUUGAUAGUGGUUCAACCGGUGGUUAUAGUUCUUCAUCGAGUGAGAAAUUGUACGCUGCAAAAGAGUUAAAUCACUACGGUCUUAGGGGAAAGCCAGUUACAGCAGCAUUCGACUUUACACAAUCUCUUUUAGCGGUAGCAACAGAAGCUGGUGAAAUUCAUGUCUUUGGGAAACAACAAGUAGAGGUUACGUUUGUGCUUAGAACUCCAACUAGAGUCAAAUUUCUGAGAUUUGUUAAAGGUGUAUUUCUAAUAGCUAUCGAUAACAAGAACAUUAUUAUGGUUUUCUCCUUAUAUUCAAAGAAAAUGCUUACUUCGUUAUUUAGUCCAGGUCAAAUUGAAUGUAUAGAGACGGAUCCAACUUUAGAUUGGUUAUUCCUAGGGUUUCAUAAUGGGCUAACUAUGAUUUAUGAUGUGGAUCAUGAUACCUUCUCAGAUUUUAAGAUAGAAAAUUUACAAAAGACUAAAUAUUUCCCCAGAGAAGGAGCAACACCUGUUAAAUCUAUCCAAUGGAAUCCAAGAGACAUGGCGUCAAUUCUGAUUUCGUAUAAUUAUGUGACAGUGGUUUAUUCAUUGGUCGAGGCUGAGGUCAAGCAACAUUUCAUUUACGAACUUCCACCUUACGCACCUGGAGGGGAAUAUUCAGAAACUGUGAUGAAGCACAGAAAACCUAAGGUUGUGCAAUCACUUUACCAUCCAAAUUCUUUGCAUAUAAUGACACUUCAUGAAGAUAAUUCGAUGGUAUUUUGGGAUGCUAAUACUGGUCAAUUAAUCCAAGCUAGAACUAUAUUCGAGACGGAUAUUCACAUUAAGCAAAAUAAUAUCACUGAACCCAUGCCGGGAGCUCCGAGAAUAAAAAGGGUAAAUUGGAUUUGUCAGAGUAAUCCAGAAUACACCUCAUUACUGCUAUACACUGAAAACGAACAAACGGGUUGCGCCUUUACGAUGAUUGACCUCGGUGGAACACCUCUUUACUCUUUGACCACAUAUGAAAGUAUGAGCAAAUACUAUGCCAAUACGAAAAACCAAAAAUUGUUCCCAUUGGAGAAAAACUUCCCAGUUAUUGAUUUCUUACCGAUACCAAGGAAAUCACCACAUUUUUCCGGCUGUCAUGAUCCAAGUCUAAUAUUAAUUCUUUUAGGCAAUGGCGAAAUGGAAACAAUGAUGUAUCCAUCAGGUCUGUUUACUUACAAGGCAACUUUGUUCCCUCAAACGCUUUCAUGGAUUAGACCUCAUGCCACAACGGCAGUUUGUACUGCUGCACCUAGAAAGUUAUGGUUAGGUAUGAUGUCAGCGGCUAAGAAUAACGAUGGUAUUCUAAAAGGUGGUAUGCCAGUUAAGAAAGAUUAUAGAGUGAGCGACAUUCGCUCAGCAUUGGCGACGGGACACACCGACGGGUCUAUUAGAAUAUGGGAUGCUUCUCACAAUGAAUUGAGUGAAAGUUCUGUCUUUGAAGUGAGUUUGUCAAGAAUUUUGAACAAGGCUACAGAUUUAGUUGUGGAUCACAUAUCCUUUGCGCCAGAAACUUUAGAACUUGCGGCUGCUACCACAUCAGGCGAAGUUACACUAUUCAAAUUCGAAGUAAACCAAUUUUACAACCCUAACCCUCAAGACGAUACAAGAGAUUUGGAUUUGAAUUUUAGAAGAUUUUCACUUAAUGAGUAUAAAAGCAUUCUAAUAGAUGUAAAGGAAAGAUCCUCUGAGAAAAUGAAACAAGGUUUCAUGCCAGCGUUAGUCGUUAAUGCUAGAAAGGGAAAAGUUUCUACGGUUAAAAACAGUAAUGUCGGAUUUGUUUGUAUCGGUUAUGAGGAUGGUACUUUAAUCGUUGUCGAUAGAAGGGGCCCAGUAAUUACUUUUAUUGGCGAUAUAAGGGCUAUACCAAAGCUUAACGGUACAUGUGUGACAUGUGCCGAAUUUGGUACCAUGGAAUAUGGUAGUGAUGGUUAUUCAAGUGUACUACUAUUUUGUGGUACAAACGCUGGUGAUCUAAUCACUUUUAAAUUGACCCCGAAUGGUAAGGGUACUUUUGACACUCACUGUGUGGACUGUAUCAAGACAAACAGCUCUACCAUCUUUAAAAUUGAUCCAUUUUCCAAAAAAACGGGACGUAGUUGCGUAGCUAAUAUGGCACUACUAAAGGAGCUAAGUACGGGUGUUUGUGUUCCCGGUUGUGUUAUUCUGUCAUCUUCUAAUGAGAUUCGUGUAAUCCGUCCUGGUAAAUCUUCAGAACACCACAAAUCAUUCAAAGCACCUUUGGUGGCAAGUUCCCUCUGUUAUAUACCCCAUAUUAGUUCUAAAGGUGAGGUGAAGGAAACUUCAGAUUUUGUCACACUACAGAUGAAUGGUGAGAUUAAGAUUAUGUCAGUACCGGAUAUGAAGGAGCACAUCUCAACACGGGCUCCAGGACCCCUUAACCCGCAGUUCGCUAAAGACUGUUACGUCUUGAGAAAUGGUGAUAUUUUCCUAAGACUAGGUAUGUCAGAGUCUUCAUUACUUUCCAUAGUGAAUAACAGGGCUACCGGUCUAAAUCAUGAUUAUAACGAACCAGCCGCUAAACCUACGGAUAUGCUAUACAAUCCGACUCUCCAAAUACCCUUCAGACCUCAAGUAAACAGUUUACAAUGGGCCAGGGGUACAGUUUAUUGUACCAGUGAUCAAAUCGACCAAUUGCUAGGUGGUGAGAAUAGACCGCCAUCUAAAUAUGAAGAGAGUAAGAUCGCAUUUAAAACAAUCUCUAGGAAUCUAGAAGAUGACAAGAAAAAACUGAAAAAACCUAGCAACAACGAUUUUUCCUAUCAAAGACCAGUUAAAAAUUCUCACCAAAGGAAUCAAAGCUAUUUCAAGGGCAUGUCCCGUGCUUGGGAGAAUAAAUGGGAUAAUAUAGAAGAUAAGCUUAACGAUUACGCUGCUGAUAUGAGUGAAGGAUUAAAUGAAAUGUUCGAAGAAACUACGAAAAACAUGGCAAAAGGUGCAUUCGGAAUCUGA